GGAUCAAAUGAAACUCAUGAGCCAAAGGCCAAAGGCAGAGCGUGGUACAGCAGCACCCACUUGCGUUCAGCGUGUGCACCUGUUUGUUUGAAGAUGGCGACGGAGAAAGAUUUGAUGAAUGCUGUCAGAGAUUCUCUUGAAUCCGAUGGGGUGCUCGGACGAUUAAAGGCAGAAAUGCGUACCGAAGUAAUGCGACUUUUGGGCGGUCCCAGCAAUAAGCCCAACAGAAUUACGAAAAUUGAGAGCCCGCCAAAUGUCAUUCUCAUGAACGAGCUUGUACGAGAAUAUUUGGAUUGGAUCGGAUACAAAUACACGUCUUCGGUACUAAUCGCAGAGUGCAAACUAUCGAAGCAGCCAUUGGACAGAUCGUUUUUGCUGCGAGAUCUUGGUGUUCGAGACAGCGCGACAACGAAGAAUUUACCAUUACUCUAUAGUCUAGUGGAAACGACUAAGUCAGCGAAUAAUGCAUCGGAAAAAUUUUCAUAAAGAGCCAUCUGAAGAAAGUGAAAUGUGAUUUCGUGUCGGAAAAAAAAAACCAAAGAAAAUAUGUAACUACUCGCUUUAGAAGAAUUCUUGUGUUUCGUUUUAUUAUUUAAAGACUACUUUUACAUAUCGACAUUACAAAGUACAAUAUAGCUUUAAUAUUAAUUCACCA